CCGAGUCCAUGUCUUGACUGGCGAUUGAAAUACAAGUGGAAAAAGUUGGUGGCCUUGACUGGUGUGCAAAGUUUUGCGACUUAAGACCCGGACAAACCUGAUUUCAUUGUUGAUUUCAGUCUCAACCCAUUUCGCUGUUAAUACAGUGCUUAUCGUCGUAUUCACUGCUCUUAUAAACAUAUGAAUGAAUCAAAUACUUUGAGAAAUACAAUACAAAUAUUAUGAAAUAUAAAUAUCUGGACACAACUAUUAUUUCAUUGUUGUUUGGUGUUUGUUGGCAACUUUCAUCCGGCAGAUUUUUGUUGAAGUCCAAUGAAAUAGAAAGUGAGUUAAAGGAUGACAAACAUGGCAUCAAAAUGGGAAAAGUAUUUCACGGAUGCGAUGAUGCGAUGAAUGACCUGGACAUAGACUGGGACGGAUCGCCACUAAACUAUACCUGUUAUAAUCCUCAACACCCGUUACCAGUAUUAAAACACAUCACGAGUAUUGAAACAUGUGAUCCAAUUCCUGAUGGAUAUUAUCCUCAACACCACUGUAUGGGUGACCCAAUCGUCUACAACACAACACUUCCCACAUAUGGAGACCACAGACCUCUUUGGCCGGUGUUUGGAGAAUACAUAUUCGUUCCCAAACAGCGAUGGCUUCAUAACAUUGAACACGGGGCAGUUGUCAUGUUAUACCAUCCCUGUGCUAACAAAGUACUUGUGUCUCGAUUGCGAGCACUGGUCACCAGUUGUAUGCGAAAGCAUGUCAUCACUGCUUAUAAUUUGAUGGACAGUGAGAGACCACUGGCACUGAUCGCAUGGGGCUGUCGGUUGACCAUGAAUACAGUGGAUACGGAUACUGUCGUUUCAUUCAUUAAAAGAAAAUCAAUGAAAGGUCCGGAGGGUCCCUACCCUAAGGAGGGUCAAUACAAACACCUAUUGGUGAAGUUGGCUGAACCCCCGCACGGCUCGGACUAUAAUGACUCCAAAAUAUGUCCUCAUUUUUAAACCUAAAACUUAUAUUAUUUUUUUUUAUAAAUUAUUGAUUUUAUUAUUAAUUCUAAUUUGAAAUGUUGUUUCAAAUAUUUAAACCAAACUUAUGGCCAAAACUCAUGUGAUU